AUGCCUGAGGAGGAAUCUUGUUCAACUUUUAAUAAAGGGGCUGCUUUUAAUGGUUCUGCUGCUCCUCCAAACACUGCUGCUCCUUCAAACACUGUUGUUGCUCCUUCAAUCAAUGCUGCUGCUACUCCAAACACUACUGCUCCAAAUACAGCUGCUCUUGCAGAUCCAAUUGCUGAUCCAACAUACACAACAGCUGCUAUUUCAGAUCCAGAAUCUUCUCCAACUGAAGAUUACUCAAGUGAAGAUGGAUCUGAUGAAUCAACUGAAGAUAGUGCUGAUUCUGAUGAAAGUGACUUCUUUGGGGGGGGGGGGGAUGAUUAUGGCAGUGAUGUACAUGAGGAGAACAUAGAGAUUAGGAAGGAAAGUAGGUCAUUUCAAAGGAUAAAAAGAAAUGAGAAAGCUGUUGUUGAUACUAAAGAUGUACCAUGUGGUGAUGCUGGGCCAGAUAUUGGUUUUGAUGAGAUUGAAACAUGUAAAAAAAGUGUAGAAGGCAGGCUAGGUGGUGAUGAGCCAUAUUAUCCAAGUUCUUAUGCUUGUAGCUUUGAAACUGAUGAAGAUGAAUGUUGGAAUGAAGAUGGGGAAGACAAGAAGAACAAGGAGAAGUUAUCAUUUGCCAUAGGAGAUACAGAGGAAGGAUGCGAUGUGUUCAGUGGGAAAUGGGUUUGGGACGAGAAUCGGCCUUUGUAUGAAGAAUCAGAGUGUCCGUACAUAACGCCACAGUCGACUUGCCAAGAACAUGGCAGGCCAGAUAAAGACUAUCAGCAUUGGAGAUGGCAACCUCAUAGUUGCUCUCUCCCGAGUUUCAAUGCGACAUCAAUGCUAGAAACACUUCGGGGGAAGAGGAUGUUGUUCGUAGGCGAUUCGUUGAACAGAGGACAAUAUAUUUCCAUGAUUUGUCUUGUUCAUAGACUGAUUCCUGAGAAUGCUAAAUCCAUGGAAAAUGAUGGUAAUUUCGCCAUUUUCACCAUUAAGGAUUAUAAUGCAACGAUUGAGUUCUACUGGGCACCAUUUCUUCUGGAAUCAAAUUCUGAUGUUGCAAUCACACAUAGGAUCGUUGAAAGAGUUGUUCGAAAUGGUUCAAUAAACACACAUGGGAAACAUUGGAAAGGGUCUGACAUAAUUGUGUUCAAUACUUACCUUUGGUGGCUGAGCAAUUUCAGUGUCUUGCAAGGGUCUUUUGAUGAUAAAGUGAAAGAUAUAGUGGAGGUGUCCACAGAGGAUGCAUAUCGCAUGGUAAUGAAGAGUAUGUUGAGUUGGAUUAAAGAGAAUAUGGAUCCAAAGAAAACCAGAGUCUUUUUCACUAGCAUGUCACCUUAUCAUGAAAGGAGCAUAGAAUGGGGAGGUGAACCAAAUAAGAAUUGUUUCAAUGAGACUAAAAUGAUAGAGGAUCCAAAUUAUUGGGCAACAGAUAGUAGAAAAAGCAUAAUGCAAGUGAUUGGUGAAGAAUUUGGUAAAUCAAAAGUUCCCAUCUCAUUUCUCAACAUCACUCAGCUCUCAAGUUACAGAAAAGACGCACACUCGUCAAUUUACAAGAAACAUUGGAAUCCAUUAACACCAAAGCAACUAGCAAACCCUUCCAGCUAUGCUGAUUGUGUUCAUUGGUGCUUGCCUGGGCUUCCAGAUACUUGGAAUGAGCUUUUAUUUGCCAAGCUUUUCUACCCUUGAGAUUAAUUUUACUGAAAAUUGAAGGAUGUUGUAUUAUAUAACGUUCUCAAGAUGGAUGCUUGAUUUGGGACAAUAUAGUUGUACUAAAAAAUAAUAUCCAGCAAAAUAUAUAUUUCUAUACAUAUUUUU